AUGCUGUUCGAACGGGCUUGGCUGGCUUUGCUGGGAUUUGGGGCAUACCUCGUCCUAAGAAGUAUUUACCGUCUUUUCUUCCACCCUUUGCGGAAAAUCCCUGGGCCCAGACUGGUGGCUAUUACCCAUGGGGUUGAAUUUUAUUACAAUUGCGUGCUGGAUGGGAGGUAUAUCAUGGAGAUUGAAAAAAUGCACCAGAAAUAUGGUCCGAUUGUCCGUGUCAGCCCUCAUGAAGUGCAUAUCAUCGACCCUACCUUCUACGACGAGAUUUAUGCACCCAGCAGCCGUCGACGAGAUAAGAGCGUAAGAGUAACGAAAGCCACCGGAAUCGGUGGUUCGAUGAUAGCAACAGCACCACACGACCACCACCGCAUCCGCCGAGCCUUUCUGAGUGAAUUUUUCUCUCGCCGCUCAAUUCUAAACAUGACACCAAUGAUUGAUAGGUACCUACUGAAGCUUGGAGAUCGCCUAGGCGAGCUCCACGACAGCAAGACAGUUGUUCGUCUGGAUAAUGCCCUGAAUGCGUUUACCUCUGAUAUUAUCACCGAGUAUUGCUAUGGGAAAAGCUGGGGGUUUCUGGAAGAUAAACGCUUCAGGAGUGAUACUCGUGGCGCGCUUUUGGAGACGGCAAAUACUCUACACAUCGGCCAAUUCGCACCGUGGCUUAUCAUGCUCCUCCGUAAAAUACCCAUUCAUAUACUCCGCCGCAUGCAACCGGGCAAAGCGACUAUCUUCGAGGCUAUGGAGGCUGUAUAUGACCAGGCGGUCUCUUCUUUCAAUGUCGCCCCUGGGAAUCCCUCGGCAGAAACAGAAAAGCGUGAGAAUCGCAAUAUGUUUGAUAACCUGGUUGAUCCUGCUGUCCCGGCCUCGGAGCGGACACUCGAUCGUCUUCAGGAUGAAGGACUCGUUGUGCUCGGCGCGGGGACGGAAACAGUGGCGCACACACUGACUAUGUCGAUGUUCUAUCUUUGCAAGAAUCAGGAUGUUCUGCAGCGAUUACGCACGGAGCUGAAACAAGUUCUACCGACACCGUCUAGUACUGCCAGCCUUGUGGAAUUGGAGAAGUUGCCUUAUCUAGUCCGUGUCUCGUCCCAAAUCGAAGCUUACAAUGAUCCCAAAGCCAAAGCUAACGCGUAUGGUCCUAUCGGUCGUAUGCCUCGCGUUGCACCGACUGAAACUUUGAGAUAUGGGGAAUAUGUGAUUCCUCCCGGUACUCCAAUGUCUGCUAUCAACUAUUUCAUUCAUCGCGAUCCAACUUUCUUCCCUAACCCGGACAAAUUCGAACCUGAGAGAUGGCUUCAGGGUAGUGAGAGUGAGGACCUGAAGCGGUAUAUUGUCAAUUUCACUAAAGGGAGCAGAGGUUGUCUGGGGAUUACAUUGGCGUAUGCGGAGAUCUAUAAGGGUAUUGCUGGACUUGCACGUCGCUUCGAUUUCGAAUUGCAUGAUACAACAAUGGAGGAUAUGAAGGUUGUUGGUGAAAGGGUUUUUACUAUUACGAGGCGCGGUCAGAUUCAGAUGUACGUGACGGUCUCUGAUUUGGCCAAGAUGUGA